UUGGAUUUUUUUUUCUGGAGAGGCCUACCAAGGUGGUUCGAACGUCGACGCGCAGGGAGGCAGCGAUGACUUCUGUUUGGCAUUUUUAGAAAUAUUACGAAACGAAAACGACGUAUUUUCACACUUUUAUCGCCAAUUCCAUUCGCUUACACGCAAGAGGACAAAAUGGCACACCUAAUCCGCCACAAAAUCACCAACAAAAUCACCAACACUGUCCACACGGUCUCCAACAAGUCGCAGGCCAAGGUCAGCGGAGUGUUCGCCCGGUUGGGGUUCCAGGCGGCCACCGACGAAGAGGGGCUGGGUUUUGCGGAGUGCGACGACCUGGACUAUGACUACCGACAGGGAAUGCAGAUGGACGUGAUGCAGCGGGAGGACUCGGGGCACACGGAGGACGGCGGCGGGGAGGACGGGGACAUAGACGGGGACAGUCACUACCAGCGCGACGGUACCGGACCACGGGGUGCGCUCAAGAGCACCGGGUCUCUGGAGGAGGUCAAGCCCAAGAUAACGUCGUGGGAGGCGGGAUGGAACGUCACCAAUGCUAUCCAGGGCAUGUUCGUGCUGGGCCUGCCCUACGCCAUCCUCCACGGGGGCUACCUGGGCCUGUUCCUCAUCAUCUUCGCGGCGGUGGUCUGCUGCUACACGGGCAAGAUCCUGAUCGCCUGCCUGUACGAGGAGAACGAGGACGGCAUCAAGGUGCGCGUGCGGGACUCUUACGUGGACAUCGCCAACGCGUGCUGCACCCCUCGCUUCCCCACGCUGGGCGGCCAUGUUGUCAACGUGGCCCAGCUCAUCGAACUGGUCAUGACCUGCAUCCUCUACGUGGUGGUGAGCGGAAACCUCAUGUACAACAGUUUUCCGGGGUUCCCUGUGUCUCAGAAGGCCUGGUCGGUCGUAGCCACAGCCGCCCUGCUCCCGUGCGCUUUCCUCAAGAACCUCAAAGCGGUCUCCAAGUUCAGCCUCCUCUGCACCCUGGCCCAUUUCGUCAUCAACAUCCUGGUCAUCGCAUACUGCCUGUCCCGUGCGCGAGAGUGGGCCUGGGAGAAGGUCAAGUUCUACAUCGACGUCAAGAAGUUCCCCAUCUCCAUCGGGAUCAUCGUCUUCAGCUACACCUCGCAGAUCUUCUUGCCGUCGCUGGAGGGGAACAUGCAGAGACCCAGCGAGUUCCACUGCAUGAUGGACUGGACCCACAUCGCCGCUUGCGUCCUGAAAGGUCUGUUCGCGUUGGUGGCGUACCUGACGUGGGCCGACGCCACCAAAGAAGUCAUCACGGACAACCUCCCGUACUCCAUCCGCGCGGUGGUCAAUCUCUUUCUGGUAGCUAAAGCGUUGUUGUCUUACCCGUUGCCGUUUUUUGCCGCUGUUGAAGUCCUGGAGAAAUCGCUGUUCCAGGACGGAGGCAGGGCCCUGUUUCCGGACUGCUACGGCCCCAAUGGGCAGCUCAAAACCUGGGGACUCGGACUGAGAGUGGCCCUGGUGGUCUUCACUUUACUCAUGGCUGUUUUCGUUCCACACUUCGCCCUCCUGAUGGGGCUGACCGGGAGCUUGACCGGAGCGGGGUUGGCCUUCCUUCUCCCCAGCCUCUUCCACCUCAAGCUGCAGUGGAGGAACCUCCUCUGGCACCACGUUUUCUUCGAUGUCGCCAUCUUUUUCGUGGGCGGGAUCUGCGCAAUCUCCGGACUCAUUCACUCCAUCGAAGGGCUGAUCGAGGCGUUCAAGUACGAUCUUCCAGACUAAAAAAAAAUAUCCAAAUAAUCAAAAUAUCAUCAUCAGAUAUCAUCAAGAGGAAAUAUUUGUGUGAAUUGUACAUCUUUUUAUUUUGCCUUCGUGAUAAUGUGCAAUAAUGAACUCUAAAAAUCAUAGUAUCGUAGUACAAAGUAUUUGCUGGGGAAGUGCAUGAGGCUGUGGCUUUGUGCGCGUGUGUACAGUGUGUGUAGUGUUUUCUCUGGAGAUAAAAGUCUGUGUUAAACAUGUCCGAGGAGACAUGAAGCUGAAAGAGCCACUGGAGGUUCUCUGUCCGCACAGGGCUCAGGCCGCAGCACUGACAGCAGCUACGGCAACAUGGAAGGGACACGUGAAAUCUAACUAUGCACCAGUUCUAAGC